AUGAACGCGCUCACCGCUUUGGAUUCAGCAUUGAACGAGUUUGAGCAGCUAGCAAGUGAGUGGUGCACCCUAGUGAGACUCUUAGAGGCGGCUGAACUUGCGCGUGUCCGCGUAGAGCGUGGUGAGUGGGCGCCCUGGUGGAAUGCCCGCCGUAUCGUCCUUACCCGGCUGGCUCGGCGCUGGAGUCGGCACUUGGCUUCCAAAAGCACUGCAGCGUGCGUUACUAGCCUCCGUUCGCUUCAGCAGAGCGUCGUUCCGAGUAGCCGACCCGCUGUGACUGCAACAAGCACCAACGAAGGUUUGAUCGCAACGCUCAGGCAGAAAGCACGAGAACCGCUGUCACCCCUCUCUGCACCGCUGCUCGGUGAUACUGUCGAAGAACUGCCCCUGAUGGAAGCGGACUUGGACUUGGAUUUCACCUCGGCAGAAGUCUCGGGGCUCUGUUUAGACUUACAAGAAGUCUAUCGAUCGUACCUUUCGCUUCUUCCGCCAUUGAUAGCGAGCCAGUUACCGUAUCUUCGUUUUCUUGAGAUCCUCGAGGCGCUGCCUCGUUCCAAUGAACUGCGUGCACUGGUUGUGUUUCGAAGACUCGAUGGCAGGUGUCUCCCGCCAGAGUGUUUAGAUGCCUCUGCGCUCGAAGCUGCAUGUCAAAAAUUGUCCCCGGGUUGCCGCAAUGCGUAUGCCGGGUGGCUCCUUGACGUCCUCCGCUAUUUGGUCGAGUUUGCGAGGCGCGCCAUGCCAUGGCUCUCCCCAGCACACUGGGACAGGAUGCGGAGCACUGGGCGAAAAAUACCUUCGAUUGUCCGGACCAAGCGAGAAGCAGAGGCGCUGAAUACACCGCGACCUACAAAAGCGAUACUCCGGAUCGCAAGUGCAAGUGCAGACCAGCGACCCGAUCACGAUAGCAUGCCCUCAUCGAAGCACUCCACACAUGUGGAUACCGUGAACACUCCUGUCGACGUUUGGCUCGGUCAAGAGCUCGAUCAGAGCGUUGCCCCCAACCUGGCCGAUAUCGAGACGCUUGAGCAACAUCUCGCAUCGCUUGUUACAGAUGAUGAGUGCGGCAUUUUCAGGGCCAGUUUAUUGCGAACGAUUCGACACGUUGAGCGCCAGCAAGUCCAAACACUGACAGAAUGGAUGUUUACGAAUCGUGUGGAGCAGGUGACACGCGAAGACCUCGCAACGGAGCGUAGCGGGCAAUGGUUCCUCCGAGCUGGACCACCAGACGCAGAUGCAUCGAACACAACGGGAAUCAAGAUCAACAAGUCCACAGCUGUGACUUCCAAGGAGGAAACCGAGAAUUUCCCGGGCUGGUUACGACGUGCUUUUGCGCUUCAUCAGGUUUAUCGUUGCGAGAUCUGCGAUCCUGUCCAGACAUAUUAUGGACCGCUGGCUUAUGAGCGUCACUUUCGAUCGGCUGUGCAUGUGCGCGGUCUCCAUCGUUUGGGCGUUUACUAUACCGCAGACUGGGAUUAUAUUGAUACUGUGGCUGAUGCGCUGCGACUCAAAGCACAUCUCGCGAAGCUGAAUGAUUCGGGUCAGGUGGGCAUCGUCGCUGUCGAGCGGGAAGCGGAUGGCGCGCCCAUGGAGGCUAGCACUGGAUCCAGUCGUACGUAA